AUAAAAGAUGGCAUCAGAAUUCGGUGUAAUAGGUCUGGGUGUUAUGGGCGGAGCAUAUACUCAGAAUCUCACCUCACGAGGGAUUCGGGUAUCUGCCUUCUCCAUCCAGCAAUCGGAAAUAGACAAGAUGGAAUCACUUCGCAUACCUAAUCUUCAACUAUUUACUAACUUCGGUGAAUAUAUCGAAAGCUUAGAGAAACCAAGGAAGAUACUGAUGCUUGUUACGGCUGGAAAGGCGGUUGACCAAGUACUCAAUUGUAUUUUAGGACUCUUAGAAGUUGGUGAUAUUGUCAUUGAUGGUGGAAAUGAAUGGUAUGAGAAUACCAUCGGAAGAAUAGAACGGUGUAAACAAAAAGGUGUACACUUUUGCGCUAUGGGUGUAAGUGGAGGGGAAAGAGGAGCUCGUAUAUCACCGUGUAUCAUGUUUAGCGGUGAAAGAACCGUUUAUGAUAUGGUCAAACAAUAUAUCGAACAGGAUGGAAGGUCAUUUUAUGUUGGACCUGGAGCUAGUGGCCAUUAUGUAAAAAUGGUACAUAACGGCAUAGAAUAUGCAAUGAUGCAAGCUUUAUCCGAGAUUUACAUGAUAAUGAGCAAUAUAUUAGAAUUGGAACUCGACACCAUUGGCAACAUCCUGGGUGAAUGGUGUGAGGGAGAAGUGGGAUCAUUCUUGCUUAAAAUAACGUCAAUUAUACUGCAAGAGAAAACUAAUGAGGAAAACGUUUAUCUCUUGGAUAAAAUAGUUGACCAAAGCGGGGCCAAUGGCACUGGAAAGUGGACUGUCAAGGAGGCAUUGGAUCUGGCUGUGCCUGUCCCAACAAUAUCGGCUGCUGUAGAAAUGAGGAAUGCAAGCAAUGUUAAUAGAAGUUCCCACAUAAUACCAAACAGACAGAUCAAAGAGGGUCACAACAUAUCGGAGGAGGAUCUGAAGAGAACUCUGCAUGGAUGCAUGAUAGCUUCCAUAGCACAAGGCACAGCUUUACUCAUGGAAGCUGCAAAAAAAUUUGCUUGGGAUCUUAACAUGGAACAAAUAUGCAACAUAUGGAGCAAGGAUGCCAUUAUUAGCUGCACGUUGUUGACGAAGCUUAGCACUAUAUUCUCUACACUGACUCCGGGCACAAACGUAUUGUACCACGAUAGUAUACGCGCUAUCAUUGGGGAGACUAUGGAAUCAUGGAGAAAGGUUUGCAAAACAUGUAUCAACUAUAACAUGCCCGCACCUGCAAUGACAACCGGUUUGCAAUACGUACAGACACUUUCCUCAGAAAAGCUUGGACAUAAUCUCAUACAAGCACAACGCGACUACUUCGGAGCACAUUGCUUCACCCUCAUAGACAUACCAGGAAAGCACCACCACAACUGGUAUAAAUAAUU